CUGUUCGACAACACAGUGCUCCACAAUGCCGAUUAGCAAGAAGGAAACAAGGAAACUCAAGAGCAACAAGAAGCUUGCUCCAUCCAAGGCGGAAGAGUCCAAGUCCCUCGACAAGCAAUCUUACGUUCCGGACGAGCAGAUCGAAAGUGGUGAUGAAGACGACCAAGACGUCAGCGAAGAGGGUAUGAAGAGGUUGAUGGAACUUGUCGAUGUGGAUGACCUCAACGAGUAUGAAAGGGCCUUGCUUGGGGCCGAGCAGGGCGAAGAAGACGAAGAAGGAGGUAGUGAAGGGGAAGAGUUUGAAAUAUCAGCCGGCGAGAGCGUCGACGAAGACGAGGAAGAGCAAGGUCAAAACAAGAAACAGGACAACACCAUAAUCAAUGAAAAGCCCGACGACGACGUUGUUUCUCUUGAUGGCCUGGGCUCAGAUGUCUCUGUGGACGAAGAUGCUGUUCCCAUGCAAAAAGUGACAAUUAACAACAAGCCUGCGUUGAGAGCCCUAACGGACUCUAUUCGAGUAACCAAUAUGUCCUGGCCUGAACACUUGGUGCUUGACAGCAAAGAGACUGCCGACGUCGAUCCCAGUGAUGAUUUGCAAAGAGAAACAGUUUUCUACAAGAUUGCACUUGGCUGCAUUCCCCAAGCUAGAAAGCUUGCUUCCAAGCACGACAUCCCUUUCACGAGACCGGGAGACUAUUAUGCUGAAAUGGUCAAGUCUGAUGAACACAUGGAACGUGUGAGGACCAAGCUUGUCGAGGAGGCCCAAGGCAUCAAGAAGUCCGAAGACGCGAAGAAGCAGCGUCAACUCAAGAAGUUCGGCAAGCAAAUCCAGCACGAAAAGCUCCGCCAGAGAGAGCAGGACAAGAAGAGCUUCGAAGAUCGGGUACAGGGUCUUAAACGGAAAAGAAAAGAAGGCAUGGAGCUUGGUGAUGAAGGAGAGGAGUUCGAUAUCGCUGUGGAAGAUGCAAUGGAAGAACAGCCCCAGAAAGGAGGGCGCGCCGCCCCUGGCAAAUCUAAGAUGCCUCGACACGCUCGUGACGCCAAAUUUUCUUUGGGUGGUGGUGGCCGCAGAUCCAAGCAGAACACUCGGGAAAGCACGAUGGAUUUUGGUGGCGGCAUGUCUCGUGGUAAAGGCGGAAAGGCUGACAAGGCCGGCAAGGUCCAGUCUAAAGGGAGGCCGGGCAAAUCCAGGAGACAGGCGGGACGAGUUUAGGCUCUUCCAAGGGGUCUGUGGGCUACAUUCUCUGUAUGCAUUUCCUGUAUAUCACGUCGUCUUUUGUUGUCGGU